AUGUCCGGUGAAUUAUUAUUUGAAUUAAUUGAAAAAGCUCAGUGGUCUUUUGAAAGAAAAUCUCGUUCACUAGAAGAAAAUAAAUUAUGGUCCUUGACUUCAACUUUUAAAAAAUGGUUUGGUUCAUCAAUAAAAACUUCACCAAAUGCUGAAAGAUUUCUUAAACAAAUUGGAGAAAAAUCAACUCCGAUUUCGCUUCAUAUUCCAUCUAACCGUUUGUCAUUAGUAAUAAAUAAUACUAUAUGUAUAAUGUCACUUAUUACAUCUGAUGUGCUAUUGGAAAUUCCUCUUGAUUUACCUCGAACAGAUGAAUUUAAUUAUUUAAAUUGCUUAACUUGGUCCAAUAAUGGAAAAUUCUUAGCUUAUGGGCAUUGGUCAGGUAUUGUUUGUGUUUAUUCAUCAUACGAUGGACAAUUACUACAUGAAUUACCAACAAAAACAUUAAAUCGUAAUGAAGAUUCAUUUGUUGAAAUCUGGUUUUCAGGGAGUGAUGCAUCUCAAUUUAUUGAUUUAUUAUGUUUGAAACGUAGUGGUGAAUUGAUUCGAUAUGUAAUGAGUCGUGAUGAUAUUGCUUCAUGCGCAGAAAAUAAAUUUGAUUUUAAUAUAAAUUGUGCAAUUAUUGAUUCAAAUAAAAAUCAAAUUUAUAUUGUUCCUUUUGAUACAAAGUCAAUUUUAGUUUGGAAAAUUGUUGAUACAAAUCCAUCGGUUAUUCAAAUAAAACAAAUAAUAGAAGAAACUCAUAAUGAAAUCUAUAUCUAUGGUCUUGUUCUUUCGCCUGAUGAAUCUUGUCUUGUAUCGAUAUUAUCUGAUCAAUCAAUUGUUCUUCAUCAAAAUGAUGAACAAUUUCAUUGUUUAUCAAAAGUAAAAAUAAACGAAAGUCGAUCAUUUAUUUGUGAUUUUAAUUAUUGGGAUAAUAAAACUUUAAUAUUGUUUUACUCAAAUGGUUCGAUGAGUUUUCAUGAAGGUAAAGAAACAUUAGAAGAAUAUCGUUAUGCAUCCAAUCAAUUAAAUAUAUGGCCACGUUUUUGUCGUCGAACGUCAAAUGAUUUAUUUUUAAUUGAUUUUCAAAUAACAAAAAUAAAUGAUGAUGAAAAUGAAGAAGAAAAUUCUAAUAUUAUAUUUCGUGUAUUUCGUGCAUUAAAAGGUUCAAAUGAAUUAAUUAAUGAAAAAUUAAUUUUAAUUGAACAUAGUGAUCCUUGUCGUUUAAUUGAAAAUUUAGUUUCAAAUGGUGAAUUUGGUGAAGCAUUACGUAUCUGUAAAGUAUUUAAUCGAACUGAUUUAUCUGAUCAAAUCCAUGAAAAAGCAUUAACGUUAUCAUCAUCACAAUUGGGUGCACAUUUAACAAGAAUUCAAUCACGUCUUCAUGUUCUUCAGUUAUGCACAACUAUUUUAUAUUCAACAUUUAAUGAACAAUACGAUUUAAUUAAAUUUGGUCUCAAUCAAGCAACAAGAAAACAAUUAUUUAAUAAUUUAUAUUAUUCAGACCAAUCUUUUUUUCAAACGAUUUAUGAUGAAAAUUUAUAUUUAAAAGAUGUUCAACCAAAAGAAAUCCCUUUAAAUAUCUCACAAAAACAAAUUUUACUUUAUAGAAGAAAAUUAUUGGAUGAAAAAAGAAAAUUAUUUUUAUAUGACGAUCUUAUUAAUAAAUAUAAAAUAUUUCAAUCAUAUCAAUCUAAUAUAUUUGAAAAAUUUCGUCUAUGGGAUUAUAAACAAAUUGCAUUGAGAUGUGCAAGAGAAGGACAUUUAAAUGGAAUACGAUUAGUUAUAGAACGUGCUAUUCCAUCAAUAUCACCAAUAAAUGUUUUAACAAUAUUAGAUGAAAUAUCUGAAACGGUGCCAUUAUCUGAAUAUGAAGAUUUAAUUCCAAAAUACUGUUUCAUUGAAGAAAAGCAAAUUGAUCGAAAAGAAGACGAUUGGACUGAUGAAUUUAUCUGUUCGUAUGAAGAAAAUAAACAAGAAGAUAAUCGAACAUUAUUUAUUGACUGGUUUAAUAAACGAAUUUUUUCAUUUGAAUCAUUUGGUUUUAUUGAAAAUGCUCUUCAAUUAUGUAAAUAUGCAAUAGAAAUUGAAAAUCUCAAAGAAUUAUCUUCACUUUACAAUAAUCUUUAUCUUGAAUUCUUAUUAAAUAAAAUAUCUGAUCAAGAUUUAACUUUAAUACAAAUAAAAGAAUUCAAUGAAGAAACAAUAAUUGAUUUAAUAUUAACAUUUAAAUAUAAUUCAAAUCAAGAAGAUAUUGAUAAAAGAAUUCAGCAAGUUUUAAUACCAUCAAUUGAUUUAAUGCAACAAUCAAAUGAAUAUUUAAAGAAAGUUUUAAUUAAAAAAUUACAAAAUGAUUUUGAUAUUUAUCCAAUAAUUAAUUCGAUUCAAUUAAAAUCAAUAUUUAAGCAAGAUUAUUUUCAUCAAUUAAUUACAGAAUUAAUUUUAAAUAUCAAUUCAAUUAAUCAAAUAUCGAUAUGCCAACAAUUAUUAACACUGAUCAAUGAUAAACAAGAUUUUGAACAUAUCAUUGAAUCAUGUCGAAUUUUUAUCAAAUGGUCAAUUCCAAUGAUUCCAUCGGAGAUGAUUAGAAUUUUGGAAUCUGAAGAAUCUUUAUCAAAUGCAAUUGUUUUUCUUAUUCAGUCAGCUAUCAAAGAAGAAAUGAAUAAAAUGAAUAUUUCAAUUGGUAAUCAACUUUAUCAUGAUCUUGAACGAAUAUGUCGUCAUCGUUUGUCAUCACAAACACUUUCGAAUUUAUUUGUUUCAAGUCUUUUAAAAUCGGGUAGUAUUGAAUGCUUUCAAAUCGUUCGAUCAAUGUUAUUACGUUUUCAUAUUCCAUUGAUUAUUCAUGCAGCAACAGAUUAUAUUGAUUCAGCUAAAAAUGGACAAGAUAAGAGUAUUCUUCUUGCAAAACAUUGUUUGGAUUUAAUCGAUGAUCCAUCAUUAGUAGUAAAUGAACGAAAUCUAAUUGAAUCACAAAUAAUUUGUGAUUUUUUUCAUUAUUCAAUAACGCCUCUUGAAAUUCGCCGUCAUCCAAAUCCAAUACAAAUAAUUUCUGCAAUUCUUACUUCAAAUCCUCAAGCAUAUAAAAAUACAAGCAAAUUAAUAUCAUUAUCAUUAAAUCUUGAAAUUGGAAAUAAACAAGAUAAAAAAGAUCGAUGUAUACUUUGUAUCGCUGAACAUUGUCUUAAAAUCAAUGAUUUAAAUAUGUGUUGGGAAUUAUGUUCUUCGUUAAUUGAAGAAAACUAUGGUCCAUCAUGGAAAUGUUGUUGGGAAUUAAUUAAUAAAAAUCCAUCCUAUAUGAAUGAAUCAAUAUUAUCAUUUAUUGGUCUUCAUUGUGAUGAAAUUCUUUUAGAUGAUGUUCUUAAAAAAUCAAUUUCUAUUCGAGAUCAAUCCAUACCAAUUGAAGAAUAUAAAGUAACAUCAACCUAUUCAUAUUAUAUAAAUUCAUUUUAUGAUCGAGAUUAUUCUCAACAGAUGGACUUAAAAGAAAUUCCUUUGUUAAAAUCUCCACCAAUUGAUGAGAAAAGUGCAAUAAAAUAUGUUAAUAUUGAUACACCAUUAUUUAUUAUGAUUUAUUUAUCAUCAAAUACAAAUAACGAUAUUUUAAUCGUAAAAGAUAAUGAAUAUGCAUUGCAAUUAUCAAUUUAUUGUCAAUCAUUAAUGAAAACUACGAUACCUCGUAAUAUAAAUGCAAUACCAUCUAUGAUAAUUAAUAAAGCUCUAGUUGAAAAUAAUGAGAAUUAUACUCGUUUAGUAGAAAAUCGUCAAUAUUCAAUAUUAAAUCAAUUAGAUAAUUCAAUUGAUUUAAGUCGUUUUCAAAAUGAUAGUGAAUAUCGUCAUUUAACAGUAAUUGGUUUAUUUAUGUGUGAUAAUCCUUCAUUUGAAUAUGGUGAACAAUUAGCUGUGAAAUAUAAUAUUUCAAUCGAUGAAUGUCAUCAUUCAUAUUUUGAAUAUUUAUUAACAAAUUCAAAUCUAUCAAUAAAUGAAAUACGAAAAAAAAUUAAACCAUUUUUAAAUUCUGAAAGAUUAAAAAGAAAUCGACAAAAUAAAUUAGAAUUAGUUAAACGAUUACAUACAAAUGUUUUUCCUUUAAUUGACGGAAAAGAUUAUGAACGUUUAAAGCUUUUUUAUGAUAUUAAAAAAUCUUUAGGAGAUUUAACACAUGCACAAAAACAUAUUCAAGCUAUUCAACAACUAAUUAAUAUUCUUAAUAACGAUUUCGAUUAUAAACUGUUUCUCUCAUCACCAGAACUUUUCGUUGAAAAAUAUGCAAAUGAUUCAAAUAUAAUUAAUCUUGGCUUAAUUCUUGAUCAAAUUAAAGUUUCCUCAUCAUUAACAGUUAGUUCAAGUUGGAUUUAUUCAUAUUAUUUAAAAUAUAAUCCAUCAUCAUCAUUAAUAUUUGAUUUAUUAAAUCGGAUAAUAUCAUUUGAAGAUUUUUAUUCAUUUGCUAAUCAUUUUUUAUCAUCAAAAAAUAGUCUUUCAAUUAGUGCAAGAAUGAAAAUAAUUCAAUCUAUAAUAGAAAUUAUUCGUUCGAAAGAAGAUCAACAACGGAAAACAUUAGAAGAUAUAUUAGAAAAGCGUUUACUAAAUCUUGAAGUUUUAUCGAAACUUUCUUCAAAUUAUUCUCAAGCUGAAUUAAUUCAAUUAGAUCAAUCUGAAAAUAUAGAAGAGCAACUACAAGAUAUUUUAUCUAAUUUAUUAUUUAAAUAUGGACAAUUUUAUUUAAUUAUUUAUUUAAUAAACAAUAUUUAUCCUCAUGUUUCAAUUUAUAAAAUUUUACAAUCAGCUAUUGAAAAAUUUAAUCAGCAAAUAAAAUCUGGUAAUGACGAUGAUGAUUUAUUAUUAAAUAAUUUAUUAGAAAGUAUAUCAAUUGAUGAUAUUAAUAAAAAAGAUUUAUUCUCUUGUUUACAACAAAUGUGUCGUUCGGAAACAGUUGAUCGACAUAUUCGAUAUAAAUUAAUUGAUAAACUUGAUAAAAUGUUUGAUAAACAAGGUUUACAAUCAGAUGAUCUUUUAUUAUUUGAACAAUAUCGUUUAUCUACUUUACUUUCAUCAUUUCAUUCAUUUAUUGAAUUAGUAAAAGAAGAUAUUCUCACAGAUGAAAAUCGUUGUCAACUUUUUCAAAAAUAUCUUUUACAAGCUGAACGACUUAUUCAUUUUGAAUCUCUCAUACAAAUUCUCAAUAAUAUUUGGUCAAAAGAACAGAUUAACAAUAUGAAAGGAAUACAUGGAUUAAGUUUAAAAAAUGAACUAAUUGUAUCAAUGAUAGAAAAAAAUUCUGAUUGGGAAAGAAUAUUAACCGAAAAUAUUGUUCAAUGUAAUGAAGAAGAAACGAGUUCAUUAAUAGAAUAUUUAUAUAAUUCAAAAGAUCUGGCAUCUUAUGCAUAUAAAAUAUGGUUAAUAAAUCCAAUAUCAUCAUUAGCCAAUUUACUAUUUCAAUCUUCAUCUAAAUUAUUGAUUGAUAAAGAAUUUUUAUUAAUGUCAAUCGAAAAACAUCGUAUUAAUGAUUUAUUAUCGAUAAAUGCUUCAUUAUUCGAUUAUUAUUUAAAUGAAAAUUUAUCUCAUGAAGAUAAAAGCAAAGUUUUAAACCAAAUUGAAAAUAAUGAAGAAUUUCUUUUAAAAAGUGCACAAUUAUUUAUUCAUAAAGAAGAUUAUUCAUCAUUUAUAUCGUUUGGUCUCAUUAUUGAUACUCUAGAAAAAUAUUUUUUAAAUAAAUAA